CGCGAGGAGUGGGGGGCGGAGCCUCGGCGCCCGCUCUCUCCGCUUUUGUUCCGCCGGAGGCGAAGCGACCGAAGCGGCUUUAGCGACUCCCCGGGAGCCUCCUUUCAUCCGGAGCCAUGUCCUACAUCCCGGGCCAGCCCGUCACGGCCGUGGUGCAAAGGGUUGAAAUCCACAAACUGCGCCAAGGCGAGAACCUCAUCCUGGGCUUCAGCAUCGGAGGGGGCAUCGACCAGGACCCGGCUCAGAAUCCCUUCUCGGAGGACAAGACAGACAAGGGCAUUUAUGUCACUCGCGUGACCGAAGGUGGACCGGCAGAAAUGGCUGGACUUCAAGUCGGAGAUAAAAUCAUGCAGGUGAAUGGCUGGGAUAUGACGAUGGUGACUCACGACCAAGCCCGCAAACGGUUGACCAAGCGGAACGAGGAAGUUGUCCGGCUUCUGGUGACCAGACACUCACUUCAGAAAGCUGUCCAGCAGUCCAUGCUGUCCCAGCCCUGCCACUGAGCGGGGACGAAUGGCGGUCUUCGGGAGACAGCGGAGAGAUGUUGGACCACAGCUCUAUCACCCGUUGACCUGAGAAACUUUAAAAGAAAAAGAAGACAAGACAUCUCCUGACACACCUAUGCAAAAAUGACUCUGUCCCAGCGGGGAUCUUCACGGAGAGGGCACCUGGGGGAGGGAGGGGGGGCAGUUUGAUGCCCACUGGAUCGAAGACGGUGGGCACCAAACCGCAAAUGAGGGAAUCGCUUUUUUUCUGAUCCACUGGGGGUCGCCCAAGAGCUUUUCUCCCACAAAUUCUCCAGUGGAUGAAUCCGUUCUUAAAUUUCCGUUUUUUUUUUGUGAGGCAGCCAUCUUGAGGGACAAGAUGGCCUCCUAAUGAGCUUCUUGCAGUCCUCUUAUCCAGACCAAAGUUUUUUUUUUUUACUGCCGAUAUGUAGAAUCCCGCACGGGGUUGUGUUAAGAGGCAUCCAACCGUUGGCUGGUCUCUUCAGUAACGCCGAGAAGCCAUGAUAGACGGGCCUUUGAAAAUGGUUUCCCUCAGUGGCCUUAACCCUUCGUUUUCACGGCCUUCCCGCUCGUCCAGAAUUCCUGUUAACCACGAUCGGUUGGAAACGGGCCGACGUUAGCGACUCCCGUUGUGUCGGAAGGCUGUGGUUUGCACCCUCGAGCGGGUCUCUCUCGACUUUUCCAAAGUUAACUUCCAAUUUCCAAGAAAUUGUGCCAAAUUUUUUCCCCCCGAAGGCCUUUUUUCUACGUCUUGUAAAUAACCUCCCUUCCAGCAUUUGUAUCACUAAUUUAUUUUAGUAUAUUACUGCCCUUUUGACUCAUGAGUGGCGUGGCGGCCUAGAGGUGGGCCUCUCGCCUCACAAUCAGGAGGCUGUGAGUUCGAUCCUAGGUAGAGUCAGGUAUUUCUCUCUGGGCACAAUGAGAAUGUAUCUGCUGAACAAAACUCGGCACUGGCGUCAGGAAAGGCAUCUGGCCAGUAAGCACUCUGAUAGCUCCAUUCGGUUGCCCAGACUCCACUCCGCAGGGGAUUAUGGGGUCAUUAAAAGAAGAUGAUGGGUGAUGACUGCUAUUUUGACUUGUUUUAAUUUCCAGGCCCUUAAUCUCGGCCUGUCUUGUAAGGAAAAUGUGUCACAACCCUUCGACCUGUUUCUUAUACCUGUGGUUUGCUGUUUCGUAGCAGAAAUGGCGAAGAUGGUUGUUGGGUUUUUUGGGACAAAGCCUUGCGGAGUUUUUUUUUGUAUUGCCGGAUCGCAUCGAUUUAGUUCGGAGGCUAAAGCUACCAACGGGCUGCUGUAGAUCGUUUUACACAUAAUAAAACCAAGCUGGACUUCUGA